UUAAACACCAGCAGGAUGAAGCAAAACAAAAGGAGCAAUUGCAACUUGCAAGGCAACGAAACGAACCUGAGGGACAAAAUCGUAAUAUCUCGAAAACAGUAUCAAAUUCAAAGACGCAAGCGCUCCAAUAAGACUUCAGAGCAUCCCCACGCAUUUCAAGAUCAUUUCAACAAAUUGCUCGGCGGGAUUCGAUUCGCUGACUUCCCAUAUAUGUCCAUCCCUACCCUUACGAGCACCUUUGUUGGUGGCGAAAUGGCGAUCCGAAGAGCGAUGUCAGGGCGGACGGCAGUCGUUGGAGCGCGAUCCAUGUCGUCGUGGUGGCGUAGCGUGGAGCCUGCUCCCAAGGAUCCUAUUCUUGGUGUUACCGAGGCUUUUUUGGCCGAUCCCAAUCCCGAUAAAGUCAAUGUUGGAGUCGGUGCUUACCGUGAUGAUAAUGGAAAGCCGGUUGUUUUGGAAUGUGUUAGGGAAGCCGAGCGAAGGAUUGCUGGACAUUUGAACAUGGAAUAUCUUCCCAUGGGCGGAAGUGUGAAGAUGGUGGAAGAAACACUGAAGUUGGCCUACGGAGUGAAUUCUGAGUUGAUAAAAGACAAAAGGAUAGCAGCAGUGCAAGCUCUGUCUGGAACUGGUGCAUGCCGACUUUUUGCGGACUUUCAAAAGCGUUUUCGUCCUGAUUCCCAAAUCUAUAUACCAGUCCCAACUUGGGCCAACCACCACAACAUUUGGAGAGAUGCCCAUGUCCCUCAAAAAACCUACCAUUAUUAUCACCCAGAGUCCAGGGGUUUAGAUUUUGCAGCAAUGAUGGAUGACAUUAAGAAUGCUCCAAAUGGUUCAUUCUUUCUACUUCAUGCUUGUGCUCAUAAUCCCACUGGUGUGGAUCCUUCAGAGGAGCAAUGGAGAGAAAUCUCACAUGAGUUCAAGGUGAAAGGUCAUUUUGCCUUCUUUGACAUGGCAUAUCAAGGUUUUGCUAGCGGUGACCCAGAGAGAGAUGCAAAGUCCAUCAGGAUUUUUCUUGAGGAUGGUCACUAUUUUGGAAUUGCACAAUCAUAUGCAAAGAAUAUGGGACUCUAUGGCCAGAGGGUAGGAUGCCUAAGUGUGCUUUGCGAAGAUGAAAAACAAGCGGUAGCUGUGAAAAGUCAACUGCAGCAGCUUGCAAGACCCAUGUACAGCAACCCACCUGUUCAUGGUGCUCUCAUAGUUUCAACAAUUCUUAGUGAUCCAGACUUGAAGAAAGUAUGGCUCAAAGAAGUUAAGGUCAUGGCAGAUCGCAUAAUUGGAAUGAGAACUGCUUUACGAGGGAACCUUGAAAAGCUAGGCUCCCCAUUAUCGUGGCAGCACAUCACUAAUCAGAUAGGGAUGUUCUGCUAUAGUGGGUUGACACCGGAACAGGUGGAUCGCUUGACAAAUGAAUUUCACAUCUAUAUGACUCGCAAUGGUAGAAUCAGUAUGGCUGGUGUUACAACGGGCAAUGUUGAAUAUUUGGCUACUGCGAUUCAUGAAGUCACAAAAUCCGCAUCCACUUGUUAAACAAGAAAAUCUCAUAUUCUUCCUUCAACUGAUAUGUGACAAAAAACGAACUCAACAGAAUUUUGUCCUCUUUGGAAGGACAAUUAAACGAGCAUCAUUCAUGCCCUACUUAGUAUUUACUGUUUCUGCAUCAUUCUCAAUUGAACUAUUAUUAGAAUAGAAAGAGGGAAACAUUGAUCCCACCUGAUUGACAAAAAAUGACUGGCGCUAUCCAAUAUUGUUGGGAAGCCCUUUUAGUUUGUAUAAUUUCUAGCUAGUAAUAAAUCGGUGCAGAAGUAUUUUUGAAAGCGUAGUUACAACAUUGAAUAAUGCAGUUCGGAGAUGUCAUGCUUGCUAAUCUUAUGAGAAACAAAACAAAGUAAUUGAAUUCAUUCAUGGCAGCUAAAGUUGAUGCCAAAGGAGACAAA